GGACGGACGUGCGUUAUAAAUAAAGAUUUCACGUACAUUCUGUGGGAGUGAAGUGCUUGUGUUUCGGAUUAUUAAUUAAGUGAGUUUAUAAUGCACGUCAAGAAGCGACAACGUAAGCGGAGAUCAAAACGCAGUGCGGUAAAAUGAACUUUACUGAAUAUGUAAUAUUAUCGACUUGAGAACCAAAAUGGCAUCCACAAUACGCCCGCCGGGCGAAAUUUCCAGCAGAGAUUUGUUAGUUGUGCUUCUGUUCUUGUGUCAGACCAUAGUUUGUGACAGUCAGUGCCCGAAGUUCGCGGAGCGGCCUCUAGAGACGAGAGUACUAGAUGCUUCCAUAGUUUUUAGAGCAGUUGUGGUUGAAACCCACUUGCAGAGUAAAACAUUAGAUUUAGCUCUUGUAUCAAUAUACCGGGGCGGAUUGGACCUGGCGUCAGUUAGUCAGUAUUCUGGGUCACCGUACAACACCACUGAUAGGCAGAUUAACCUCAAAAUCGGCACACAGCUGAUAGCUUGCUUUAACUGGAGUAUGGCUCCGCAAAGCGAGCUCGUAGUGUUUUCAAGAGUCAGUGACCCUAUUGAAGACCUCGAGACUACUCCACCAGAUGGAUCUUGGUUAGAGGCCACAGCAGCGGCCGUGCCAUGGAGCUUAGGUGUAGAUAUCGCCAUUUGGAAUGCGGUUGGUUGGGCAGGAUGGGGCGAGUGGGGGGUGUGUAGCAAAACAUGCGGUGGGGGGAGGCAAACUCGUAGACGCUAUUGUUCUAAAGGCUUUUGUGAAGGAUUCGGAGAGCAGUGGAGAUCCUGUAACUCUUUUGAAUGUGAAGGCACAAUAAAUCCACUCGCACCAGGCGCGAGAAGGAAUUUCCACCCCGCUCAAGCAAAGUGGGGCAGAGUAGCAGACAGACCGCAUGCCUUCAGUUUGCGGCCAAACUCCUACAUAUGGAUUGCCUCUUCAGAACUAUUUGCAGCGGGGAACGCUUUUCCACGAGAGUUCACUUUAUUCCUCUCGUUGAGGUUGCGACCUGAGAGUGGCGGAUACGGGCAAGGUACACUUUUUUCUCUGCGAUCACGUCGUCGUUCUGGUUCCUUUUUAUCCCUGGAGCUGGCGGGACGAGGUGCUGCAAGACUUGUACAUGCGGGAGGUGGAUCCAAGAAGACCAUCUACCUUGCUGUACCACUAUACGACUUUAGAUGGCAUCAUAUCGCUAUCAGCGUUCAUGAUGAUAACACAGUACGAGUUUACGUGGACUGUCGCUGGCUGAGGACGGAUGUACUUGAAAAAGACGCUUUGGAUACGCCGAGGGACGCCGAUCUCAUUAUAGGCUAUCUCUUCUCGGCAUCUUUGUCUACCAACCUAGGACACUUAGUGUUUUACCGAAGAAUGUUUGUUUUCCUUUUAAAGGGUGACCUAGAACAAUUAGUGCUGGUGCCAAGAGCUGGACAGGCGUUUAAGCAGUGUUCCAGUCAAGCCAACGGCAGUAUCACCCCAUAUGUCACACUAAAUACGUAACUCUGACUGAAUCAGUAAACUUCAUUGGUCUCAUUAUAUCGUAUAUUUGUUCGAAAUUUACAUUUAUGCACUUUGUUAUUAUAAGACAGGAAAUAUUUGAUAAUAAAUUUGCAUUUCAAAAAUUAUAUUAUUUUAUUAAUAGUUGUUUAACUAAUAAUUAUUCAAAUAAAAAAUGAACGUUAAAAGAAUGCAGAUUGUUUUAUUAUUAAUAUGGUAACGAAUAGUCAUAGAAAUACUUUUUGGUGGUUCUAGAUUGUUUAUUUCGAUUUGAAUUGAAAAAAAUGUGUCAACAUGCGUUAAACAUUAUUUGAAUGUAAAAUAUUACAAACAUUGUUUUUUGUGGACAUUUUGAAUUAGUUUUUUUUAUGUAAUACUGUAAAAAAUUAUCUAAUAAGACCUAGUUGCUAUUAAAUGUGCAUAGUGUUUUAUAAAAUAUUGCAAUCAUUGUUAACUAAAAUUAAUACAUAAACGUGUAGAUUUUAUGUCAAGCCGAAAAAGUUCCCCUUUAAUAAAACGAAAUCUAUAGAGCGAUUCUGUAAUUUAAGCUGUGAAUUGAACACGAUGCCUUGAGCAUUUGCGUGUGAAUUUCAUAAUACAUAAUACAUUAUUAUUGGCCACACAUAUAUCAAAUAACGGCUAACACACCUAAGAAGGUAAAAUGAUAUAUGGAAUAAUUGUUACUAAGUGCAAGCUACUAAACGAUAAUAAAUAUAAUAUUAAGAAAUCUAACGUUGUUCAUCCCUUACUGUCAAAUUCUGUUUAAUUGCUGUAAUGAUAAGAGACAGAAGCUAAAUAUCGUUGAUUUCGUUUUAUUGACUAUGAGUAUAUUUAACAAAUUAAUAAUUUUCUUAACAGCAAAUUCAUUAAGCUGACAUCGUAAUAUGUUACAUUAUUUCCUGCUGUGUAUGUGUAGAUAAUAAUUGUUAGAAGGACCCGUAUUUUGUAUCUAUAUUUAUAAGAAUUGUAUAUAUUUUA